AUGAGUGUAUCCCAUACAGUACUCAAUCCAGAAGAACCUCUUCUCAGUUCGGAUGAAGAAGAUGACGAUUUUGAGCCCGAAGUUCCUGUUACCGAUGACGGACUGUUUGUCACAACGAGAAGUGGCAAAGGGGGAAAUCAGGACCAACAGACAGAACUCGAUGAUGUCGAUGCUCUACUCAAGCGAAAGGCACAACAAAUAUUUGCAGAGCUGGAGCGAGAAAAAGAGAAAGAUGAAGAAAUAAUCCGAAGUAAACCAAAACUCAGCUAUGGUUUUAUGGAUAUGAUCACAGAGCAAAAAGAUGGGUAUUCGUAUUUCCAGAAUCUGUCAAAGCAGAAUGGUGAGUCCCAAUGUACUAUUAAUGGAUCUAAAGUGGACCUUUCAAACGAAGAUUUCCUUCAGUCUGUGAGGGAUGCGGUAAAGUCUGUUCGUGAAGAACAGUCCAAGCAAAGCACAAAGCACAUAGUCAAGUUUGCAGGAGAAAAGAUUGAAAUAACUGGAAGCGGCUCUACUUCUCAAGAACUGGACACACUUGUAAAGUCUGUUGAGUCGAAGAAAUCGAUGACGACAAUCGAUAAAUCAUCAUACGAUUGGGACAAAUACAAAGAUAAAGAGGGAAUCAAGGAGGAGGUGGAAAAAGCAAAGAAGGAUGGAUACAUCGAAAAGCAGGAAUUCUUGCGGCGUGUCGAUGAGCGUCAAUUCGAAAAGGAACGCGCUCAACGUGAACGAGAGCGUAUUCGACGUGAAAGUGAAAAGAGGCAACGUAUGCAAUAG